CCAAAUUUAGACAGUGGAAAUUCCCUGCUUCAAAUCACUUCACAGUGUAACGAGUACUUAAGCAACACAGAGGAGACACAUGCUCACAGUGGCAUCAGCAGAAAGAGAAACAUUCAGUGUGGCGGUGCACUGCAAAGAAUUACUCGGCUACAUGUUAACAGUCAGAACGGGGACCACAAGUAUUUAAAGUUGACAGAAUAAUGAUGAAUCAAACAAACCACACCGAGGAUGUCUUCUCCUGCUACAGUCCUUCUGUUGAAAUCUACCGGUACUUCGCUGUGCUGUGGGGAUGUGCUGUAACCAUCACGGGUACGGUCGGGAACCUGAUGACCGUUCUGGCUUUCGCUUUAGACCCACGUCUGAGGACUCGCUUCAAUGUGCUCAUUGUCAACCUGGCUGCAGCUGAUCUCUUGUACUGCACCAUCCUGCAGCCCAUCUCCGUCGACUCCUAUCUACACCUCAGGUGGCGCAGUGGUCAUCUGUGGUGCAGAAUCUUCGGCCUGCUCCUCUUCCUCUCCAACUCUGUCUCCAUCAUUACCCUCUGCCUGGUAGCAGUGGGCAGAUAUCUCCUGGUCGCAAAGAGAGCUGUGUUUGACCGUGUUUUUUCUAACCACGGUCUUACUUUACUCAUCAUCUUUGCGUGGGCGCUCGGCCUGGUCAGCUUUGGUCCACUCUGGUCUGUCUAUGUGUUUGUGCCACAGGUGUGCACAUGCAGCUUCCAUCGUACUGAGGGUCGUCCUUACACCACCAUCCUGCUAUUUUUUUAUUUUUUUAUUGGUCUGGGCUUUGUUGGUGCAUUCUACCUGCUCAUUUACAAAAAAGUUCAGACUGCAUCACAGGCUCUGCUCCGCUACAGACUCAGCCGCCGGUCAUCCAAGACAAAACCAGCAUCUUCAGUUCAAGGGACCGACGACAGCGGUGUGGAGAGCGGCAUAAAGACAAGCAACUCUGAUCUGAGCAGCCAUGAAAUAUCCCAAAACAUGGAUGUGAAAAAUCAAAAUGUGACCUGUGAAAAGUCUUCCUUUUUCACCACAAGCAAUGACACAGCAUUAAAUUCAUCAGCAGCACAGAAGCCUUCCACUGAUAUCAUCGAAAAACCACCUACAACCACACCUGCUAAAACAGCUCACUCAUCGCAUUCUGCAACCUCAGGGGACGACAGUGAAUUCAAGCGUGUGACACGGAUGUGCUUCACUGUUUUCCUCUGUUUUGUGUUCUGCUUUGUCCCAUUUCUGUUGCUGAACAUAGCCGACAAACAGAACCGCGCCCCACAGGUAUUGCACAUGUUCUGUGCCAAUCUCACCUGGCUCAACAGCUGCAUUAACCCUGUGCUGUAUGCCAUCAUGAACCGCCAGUUUCGACAGGCCUAUCAUGUGGUGCUGAGUAAGAUGGCAGCUCCCUUUACCCGCCUCUACAGCAGGUAAAACAUGCCGCUACUGGAUCCUGAUUCCUUGGAACUGAAACUUGUCCGACAUACAACACUGCUUUUAUCACUCUUGUUAUUCAUGUUACAUUACAGCUCUUUAAUACGCACAAAAAUCUUAACAAUUAUAUUUUUAUAUGUUGUCAUCUUUAGAGGGAUGUUUCACAGUGUUCUGUACUUUGUAUAUACCCAAACCAGAAAAUAUGUUUUUGUUAUGUAAUAAAUUAUAUAUUGUAAUACAUAUUACAUUGUUGUAUUUGUUACACGUCAUUAUCUUGUGUCACUUACAUCAUAUUUAAAAAACCCUCCAGGAUUACAAAAUCAGUGCUGGAUAUUGCUUUUCAAUGCAACACGCCUUAUUUCAGCAACUCAGGAACUUAGGACUCUACACUGUGUCUCAAUUCUGUACUUCCUUUGCUGAUAGUGACUAAUGGUAAGAAUAGGUCAGGUCAUGCAGCCUUUAGGGUAAUAUGUGGGUGAAACGUGCAUGUACAAACAUGUUCGGGUUAUCAGUAUUUUAAUCACUUCGGCACAAAGGAAGCUGAUGGAAAAAGUGCCAGAAGCAGCAAUGGUUAAUUAAAAUGUGAAAGUUGUGACACAGUAUAAGUCAAAGCGUAAAAGCAGUGUAUGUGGUGCUUUCCUUGGAAAUUAUAAGUAUAGUAUAAAGUAUGAACUGCUUAACAUGUUUAAGCUUAACAGUAACAACAGUAACUUAACCUUGUAAAUCUUAUCUUGAGUCAGCCUUGUCAUCCAGCUGCUGAAAGUAAGUAAAGCCUGGUUGUAAUCUGUGGUGAAAAAGUUUGCUGUUUCCACCUUUAGUGGGAGCAGUUUUCUUGCAUAUUGUGCUACUUUUGAUAUUGAAGUGUUUUUUCUGUGACAAGGAAACCAUUAACAUGGCUCUUGCU